AUGAAAGACCUACUACGGCGUUCCAACGGCCGUGCGUGUCUAGAAUACGACGAGUUGGAAGUCAGUUUGAUCGAGACAGAAAGCGUAGUGAACGCAAGGCCACUCACCUAUGUGGCCGAGGGGAGCGAUGAUCCACUUCCCAUCACUCCAAAUCAAUUUCUGAACAACAGACGAUCUAAUUGCACUCCCCCGGAGCCAGCAAUUAACCUACUGACUCCCGACCCAACCAACGCACGACUCAUCGAAAUGGACCGUCUACGCAGAGACUACGUCAAGGACACCUGCGAGCGAUUCGUGAAUGACUACUUGCUACAAGUAGACAAUUUCCACUGCAAGGGAGGGCCUGGACGCAAGAUCCGAGUAGGUGAGGUUGUCAUCAUCCACGAUGACAACACAAAACGACUUAUGUGGACCGUCGGCGUAGUAAAGGAGCUGAUUUCCAGUCGAGACGGGCUGAUUCGAUCGGUAACGGUCAAGACCCCUAACGGGAACUUGAUUAACCGGGCGAUUCAGUCCCUACACCCCCUGGAAUUACGCGAGGACCAGCCCGACGACGUUGAAGUACUACCCGCGCCGGAGAUGGAGCCGGAAGAAGACACAACUCCAGCCGUGUCAGCCGCCAGCCCAGUCGAAGAGAGCGAGCCGUGGAGCACGGGCUCUGGUAAAAGUCAGAACACGGGCUGA